AUGGAACUCACAGACCAGGAUCCCCUGGCACUAAAAAAAGCGCAAGAUUUGGAGUCCAGCGGUGAGGAUCUUGCAGAAAACUCAUCAAGAUAUGGUUCUUUUUCGUCGUUGCAGAGCACUGAUCUCAUUGAACAUCAAAAUGUGGGCCUCCACAAUGAAGUUCCCCAGGGACGUCAUCUUGGAGUGUUUUCCACAAUCAUACUUUUCGUGUCGCGAAUCAUAGGUUCCGGGAUAUUUGCAGCUCCAAGCAGUAUUUACGUGGGAUGUGGUGGCAACACAGCUGUUUUUCUUGCCGUUUAUUGUUGUGCAGCUAUCAUGGCGUUUGCUGGCUUGUACCUCUUUUUGGAGUUCGGUUCGCUCAUUCCACGAUCGGGCGGGAAGAAGAACUUUCUUGAGGCAGCCUAUACCAGACCAGUCAGAAUGAUGAGCGUUUCUUUUACUACCUACACCGUGCUUAUGGGCAUUGCAGUGUCCAAUGCAAUCGUUUUCGGUAAGUAUGUCCUUUACGGGUCCGGUUUCGAUGAGGAUUUCGUCGACAGUUCUAUGGCGUGCAACUACAUUGGUGCUGUCUUGGUUAUUUUCAUAGCGUUGAUUCAUGGGUACUCCGUGAAAAUAGGAGUGAAGGUCCAAAAUCUGCUUGGUGGUCUCAAGCUGGUGUUUGCCCUAAUCAUCAGCUUGAGUGGGAUAUACGCCGUUGCUUUCUAUGGGAAACAGGACGGGAAUCCUAAGACCCCAAUUUUAAACUUGUCGUCCUUGUCCAAAAGUCAUAGCACAAUCACGAUAUCCUCACUUACAACAGCUUUCAUUCAGGCAUUUUUCUGUUUCGCAGGUUGGGAUAGUGUCCACUCUGUUACAUCAGAGAUCAAAAAUCCAGGCAGGACUCUUAAAAUUGCCGGUCCAUUAUCGCUGGGAUUCUGUUUAUUUUGCUACUUGUCCUUGAAUGUGGCAUAUCUGAAGGUCUUCACCUAUGAAGAAUUCAAGGCGGCUGGCCCGCUGGCUGGAUCCAUUUUGUUUACCCGUCUACUGGGCGAAAACAUCGGGCGGAAGCUCAUCACAUUUGGUAUCGCCCUAUCAGCGGGAUCAAACCUAUUCGUGGUGGUUUAUUCGACUUCCAGAAUGAAUCAAGAAUGCUUCAAGGAAGGGUUUUUGCCUUUUAGCAAAAUAAUGGCUAGCAAUAAACCCUGGGGUGCACCACUCUUUUCUUCGCUCUUGUGCGCUGCGUUUACCACAUUUUGGCUCCUACUUCUUCCGUCAGCGGGUGGUGCGUACAGUUACCUUGUGGCAUUAGAAGGCUAUGCCAAUCAACUGGUAAUACUUCUCGUCGCAGUUGGUCUAUUUAUUUACCGAAGAAAGAACAUUGAUGAAGUGGCCGCUAUUCGUGCAUCCUCCAUUGGCGUUUGGGCCCUCAUUGUCCUUUCAGUUUACCUUUUGGUUGGGCCAUUCAUCGGCGAUCAGCAAGAGGCUUCCGUUCGCCAUUUGCCACCAUAUCCUAUCGCAGCACUAUUUCUGAUAGCUGUUUGCAUCUUUUUCUGGUUUCUAAACUUUGUGGCGCUCCCGAAACUUGCGGGCUACGAGUUAAAGCGGAGAGUUCACAUUAUGGAUGAUGGGUUGUUAACAAUAGACUGGUGCAAGGAAUACGCUUUAUAG